GACAAUAGUAAUCAAUUUAUAUAACUCCUCUUGGUAUUUUCACUAUACUACUGUCGGAGGCAGUUACUAUCACCUCUAGUUACUUUAGGCAUAAAAGAGGAAAGAGCAGAGUACGUUACGAUGAACACCAAAGUAAUGUUUGGUCUAGCAUCCUGCGCCCUUCUGCUUCUUAUUAGCGUCAAAGCAGAUAGAUCAGAAUCCUCGUCGUCGUCGUCGUCAUCAUCAUCAUCAUCAUCUUACAGUUCAAGCAGUGAGGAAGGCUGUGUUCCUGGAACUAAUUGGAUGGAUGACUGUAACUAUUGUCACUGCAGUGAUACCGGUGUACCUGGCUGUACUCGUAUGCUUUGUUUCCACGACGAAACUCUAAAGUGUGUUCCAGGUACAACAUGGAUGAAAGACUGCAACACGUGCUAUUGUGAUGACAAUGGUAAAGCCACGUGCACACUCAAAGCGUAUACACCGGAAUCACCUAUACCGUCGGGUUUAGGUAGUUACGAAAACUGUGUUCCGGGAACGACGUGGAUGGAUGACUGUAACACCUGUCACUGCAACGAAAAUGGUUUAGCUGCGUGCACGCGCAUGCUGUGUUUCCCUGAAGAAAUUCAAAAGCAGUGCACUCCCGGAACAUCAUGGACAGAGGAUUGCCAGUCAUGCGUCUGCUCAGACCAAGGUGUAUCUUCUUGUACAGGCGAUUCCUGUUCGACUACUCCCAUGCCAAACGAAUGCUUGAUGUGCCAACAUUUAGUUUGCGAAAACAUCAAAGCAAAUUUACCAUGAAUUGCUAAAAACUGUAACGGUCUUGCUUGUAUCUAUAUAUUUUGUCUUUGUUGUAUCCUAACCUACAUACUUUGCCAGCAUUAUAAUAAGGUAACAUUACAAAUAAUGUUUUAGUUACUUGCCUUUUGAAUGAUAUUAGAACGUAUAUAACAAAGUACUUACCAACUAUUUGUUUAUAAUUCAUUACAGUUAUAAAGUAACAUACAUAGAAUGGCUAUCGGUCAUCACCAUACAAGGUACUAACCAGAAUUAGGCUAUAAAAUUUUUUCUGCUAGUGAGAGUUCAAGAAAAUUAUGAAUGAGAAAAGCCUUUCAAGUAGUACUAGUAGUUUACAUAUCACUCACCGUGGUUUAUAAUGCACCUUUACUUUCGUGUACAUAUGGUUUCUUAAUAAUGAAGGGACUAUCGCAAAACGUUGAAUUUUACAAUAAAUAGUUUUUUACGAACUCAAUCUGUUUAUUCAAGGUAAAUGUUAAUUUUGACAUAAAUAUGUUUUACCUCAUUAAUUAACUUACACUUUUGUACCAUAUCAACUUUAAGUUAAAUAACUUAAAUAAUAAAUACAAAAAAUAGCGACUACGAUGAAAUAUAGAGAAUUUAUUAUUAAGGGAUAUCAGAAUUGUAAACUCGGAAGUAUUCUGUGAAGUGCACUUAAACCAUUUUCUCCAAGCAGAGAGCCCUCAAUUCAACAUUCCUUGUUAUAUUACGUAAUCCUUUAGCUUUAGUUUCCGUUCAAUUUUUUCCAUUACUUAGCUUGUUUCAAAAUAUGAGUUCACUCAAUAUUACGAGCUUUGAUAUUGUUAUUUGGAUCAAUACAGCCAAAAUUGCAUUAAAAUACAUGCAAAGGAUUUAUUAUCAUAUAAUUUCAUUUCAAGAUUUUUGGAAAGUAACCUACUGUGUUUAAACGAGUAGGUUCUUAUAUAAAUCCACUGUUAAAUGAUUCGCUUCGCAUUUUGUAUUUUAUAACCAGUUCGAUAGGAGACUUUUGUUAUUAUUUCCUUUCGUUAUAUAAACUAAUCUCUGAUAUUUUCCAGAAUGAUGUGAAGAAGACAGAAAUAUCAAUCAAAUAAUACAAAUUUAGUUGCUUAACCCUACCUCACUAGUAUGUUUAUAAAGGUAAUAGGGUGUAAACACAACAAAGCUUCUAUACUUGUAAGGCUUACAUUUUGGGUUAAGUUACUAUGUCAUGAAUAAAUACGCAUUUCAUGCAUUAUGGCAA